AUGGAUGUUUCAAUGGGGGCCGGUGCAGUGGCGCUCGCACUGACGAUCCUGCACUUGCAGAAAUGGGGUCCAGACAUCAUAGAAAUGUCUCAGUGGCUCUUCAGACGAGUACAGGUGGAGAAAGAUGAGAAGGACAGCCGAAACGAACUUCGGAUCGAGGAAGAACUGUGGAAUCUUCGUCAACGUGGAUACCACUUCGCUUGCCGGUUCCUGGUGCAUUUGGCCUUCAUCUCAUUGCUUAUGUGCAUUCAGGAAGCGAUCUUGAAGCCGGAGCCUGUUUACUUUGUCAGGGUGGGCUUUAUCAUGAGUACUUACCUGCAGCACUUCGCAGUUGCCGCUGGAAUGGUGGAGCUGAAUACGACACGAGUGAAGAUCCUGAUGUGGUUCCUACAUUUCUUGCUGUUCUUCUUCAUUGUGGCUAACAGGUACCUUCAAGGAAUUGACUUGGGGUCAAUGCAGGGCUUCCAGGUGGCCGUUCGAUUCUCCUUCAUCUUCCUCUUCGUUUGCAAAAAGAUCACCAUCCCCUUCCAGUUCGUCUACACUGCGCUGGACAUAUGGAACUUCCUUCGCAUGUCGACGAGUAGCACCGCACUGGGGCCUGUCCUCUUUGCACAGCUCUUCAGUUUGGGUAUGACCAUUGCAACCUCCGUGAUUGUGGAGUGGUGGGUCAGAUCUCGCAUCCAGGCUGUGUUUGACACCGCGGAUGCUGAGUCCCUGGUCUCGAGUUUCCGGCGGAUGCUCCGCGGUGUUUGCGAUGGUGAGGUCCUGUUGGACAACAAGCUGGGAAUUCAUGGUGAGAGCGAAUGUGUGAAGCACUUGAUGUUCACCACCAUCAGCUUGACUGGCCGGAACUUUGCACAUUUGUUGGUGGAGGAGGAACAGCAAGCCUUCAUCGAUUUCAUCGAGACUUCCACGCAGCAAGCUGUCUCAUCGACGAAGAAUGAGACGUCUGGAGCUCCUCAAUGCUUGAGAGUUUCGAUUCGAGGAUCUUCAGGCACAAGAGUUGGAGUGGACCUGUAUCAUGUACCAGUGGCAGGUCUCUUUGGUAUCACAGCACCUCAUCACCUCAUUGCCCUCAAGGAGGACGUGGAUUUCUAUCGCCCGGUGCCGCCAGAGGCGCAGGACAACGCCGUGCCCACGGAGCUGCUGAGCUGCCGCGGCAACGAGCACACGUCGCCGGAGGCGCCGCUGCCACGGCUGCCGGAUUUCACGGUGGCGUCGUCGGCCAGUAGUAGGAGCUCAGUCUCCAAUCAACCUCCGGACUUGGAGGAAAUGACGUUGCUGGUGGAUGUUUCUACCGACCUGCAUGAUGUACAGGAAGCACACAUGAGGUUCAGACGUCAGUCAGAUGAGCCCGAUGAACUGUCAGCCCUGCAAUCUGGCAUGCCGAGCAUGCGAAAGUUUGUGAAGCCUACGGACUGGGAAAAGCUUCGCAGCCGCGUCUCCAGCUUUGCAGAGGAAUAUGUGCAGAAUCCCAGCAUUGCUCCGAAAGCCAUCAAGAAACUGGCGUUACGAAUGCUUGGCGAACGUCCCACCAAAUUUGUGAGCGUUCAGGAGACCUUCAUCAAAGCCUACCAGGGAGGGUCCGAAGCUCCUAAGGUUUGGCUUCACAUGAAGGGCUUCAAAGCUCAAGAGCGCAACGUCCUGCAACCAUCCUUGGAUGGUGCCUUGGUAUCCAAGAAGGUCAACAGAAGCAGCGAAGAACUUUCAGGGCAGCUGGAGAUAGAGCAUCUGAGCCCGAGCGUCAUCAGUGGGACUCAUGCACCAGAGGAUCUUGCCGUGUCCUUGGCCCACAAAGCAGCACAAGCAGAAGCAGAGGAGGCCGCGAAGCUCAAGGCCACGAAAAGUGCCGAGCAGCAGGCAGUGGAAAAAACCAAAGCCAUGGUCACUGCCGGAGCAGAUUCCACCGAGGUCGGCUGA